CAGCCGGUACUGGCAAGGGACAGUCAUUCUCUCAACCUACAGACCAAGCGAGCCCUGGGCCUUCACCCCAGAUCCCACUGCUGGACAGGACCCAGCCCUCUCCCUGAGACGAUGACCAUGUUUGAAAAUGUCACCCGGGCCCUGGCCAGGCAACUAAACCCUCGAGGGGACCUGACACCGCUUGACAGCCUCAUUGACUUUAAGCGCUUCCAUCCCUUCUGCCUGGUGCUGAGGAAGAGGAAGAGCACGCUGUUCUGGGGGGCCCGCUAUGUCCGCACCGACUACACCCUCCUGGAUGUGCUGGAGCCCGGCAGCUCCCCUUCAGAUCCAACAGACACUGGGAGCUUUGGCUUUAAGAACAUGCUGGAUGCCCGAGUGGAGGGCGAGGUGGAUGUGCCAAAGACGGUGAAGGUGACAGGGACUGCGGGGCUGUCCCGGAACAGCACCCUGGAGGUCCAGACACUCAGUGUGGCUCCCAAGGCCCUGGAGACCUUGCAGGGGGAGAGGAAGCUGGUGGCAGAUCACCCAUUCCUGAAGGAGAUGCGAGAUCGGGGAGAGAACCUGUACGUCGUGAUGGAGGUGGUGGAGACGGUGCAGGAGGUCACCCUGGAGAGAGCCGGCAAGGCAGAGGGCUGCUUCUCCCUGCCCUUCUUUGCCCCCCUGGGGCUACAGGGGUCUGUCGACCACAAGGAGGCUGUGACCAUCCCCAAGGGCUGCGUCCUGGCAUUUCGAGUGAGACAGCUGAUGGUCAAAGGCAAAGAUGAGUGGGAUAUUCCGCACAUCUGCAAUGACAACAUGCAAACCUUCCCUCCCGGGGAAAAGCCAGGAGAGGAGAAGUUCAUCCUUAUCCAGGCAUCUGACGUUGGGGAUGUACAUGAAGGCUUCAAGACUCUAAAAGAAGAGGUUCAGAGAGAGACCCAAGAAGUGGACAGGCUGAGCCGGGUGGGGCAAAGCUCCCUGCUCAGCUCCCUCAGCAAACUCCUAGGGAAGAAAAAGGAGCUACAAGACCUUGAGCUCGAGCUUGAAGGAGCUCUAGACAAGGGACGUGAGGUGACACUGGAGGCACUCCCAAAAGAUGUCCUGCUAUCAAAGGAGGCAAUGGGUGCCAUCCUCUAUUUCCUUGGAGCACUAACAGAGCUAAGUGAAGCCCAACAGAAACUGCUGGUAAAAUCCAUGGAUAAGAAGAUCCUACCUGUGCAGCUAAAGCUGGUGGAGAGCACAAUGGAACAGAAUUUCCUCCAGGAUAAAGAGAGUGUUUUCCCUCUGCGACCAGAGCUACUCUCCUCCCUUGGGGAAGAGGAACUGACCCUCACGGAGGCCCUAGUGGGACUGAGUGGCCUGGAAGUGCAGAGAUCCGGCCCCCAAUACACAUGGGACCCAGACACCCUCCCUCGCCUCUGUGCCCUUUACGCUAGCCUCUCCCUCUUUCAGCUGCUGACCAAGGCUUCCUAACUUGCCUUUUCCACCUGCUUCAUGCUUCCCAAAUAUCUUCCCAACCUCAUCGUGGUGUGUCCUUAACAUCCAAGGGCAUUUCAGAGCCAUCAGGCUGACGAUGACUGAAAUCCUAGCUGGUCACCAAC